UUCUCAUCAAUAAGCUCUUUGGCGGGAUUCAAGUCAGGAUUUAUUGGCUGUUUAAGCUACUUGGCUAUCGACGGAAAAGUUGUAAAUUUUGGUAAGAAUAUAAUUGUUUCUUUUACAUUCCAUUACAAAAAUGGUUGGUAUCUAAAAUAGGGACCUGAAAACAGAAAAACAGGUACAUGUAUUGUCUCCUUUUUUUUAUUUUGAGAAAUUCUCGUAGGUACAAAACGAAUGGUAGUUGGAUAAAGGUUUUCAAAGUUCAAAUUUCGGGAAACUAGUUUUCGAGGAGAUUUGACAGAGGCACCCAACGGGGAAUUUGAGAAAAAGACGUAAAAACAACAACAAAGCAUAAAUAAAGCUUUCUGAAGCCAUUUUAAGCAUUUUGGGAGAUCGCUUGAAAAAAAAUUUAUCUGUUCCUCACUCCCAGUAAGACUGAUGGGAGAGUUCCCAGGCAGCAAAGUGCACCUAAAACCUGCAACCUGACGUCCAUAGGCAAUUGGGAGUGGCCUAUGAGACAUUCACCCCUUCAAUGAGGGAAGGAGAGAAGGAGAGAUAAACAAAUAGAAUAUACAAGCUAUUGUAUACACCAAAUCCCCUCUGACACCCUGAAUUGUGUAUUUCCCAGCAACACUUUCCUUCCAAGGACAUAUUAAUUUUUCCAAAUUUCCGAGCCAGCAAAACUUGGCUUGAGGAACAGAUUUUUUGGGGAACAGAUCCAUUGGGUGCCCCUGAUUUGAAUUUUGUACAGGAGUCGAAGAAACGAACAGUGUCCGAGGGGGAGAGUAAGGGUGCUUUCUUGACAAGGGGAAAACAAUUCAUACAAAUUCUUCAAUUCGGUUUUACCAGCUGAGUUGAUGAACACAUCUUGAAAGUCUGCUUUUGGUUUCUGUUCUGGAGGUAAAUUGUCUUUAGCAACUGAUUGGACCAAAACCACCAUUUCUUUCUGUUACCGACGCAACACUAAAGUUCUGGAAACUAACCCUUUUAUUUGAACUCUUUGAACUGUCUAUACGCUAACUUUUUUAUGCAUAACAUUUACAAACGCGUUCCAAAAGUGGAAAUAAUUCACCAUGGUCUAAUUGACAUUAGUAGAUUGAGUCAUGUCUAGAGAACAUGAGCAUGUUUCUUUCUGUUUCUUCGACUUCUAAAGGAGCCAGCUCUUAUUGAACGUGUAUGCGCUUGUCAAGGGCAGUAUUGACUAACUUGAAUAAGAAAAUGGCCUUUUUCACGAGGAAGCUAUUUUUGUAGCCUUUCGGUGCAGCUUAAUUACCUAAUUUUAUAAUUAGAUUUUAUCUUCUUCCUUCUCUUGCCAAAACACAAUACUUAGAUGGAUUUUGUCACAAGGAUAUUAUUGUUUUAUGUCAACUCUGUGGUGAAGUCAUUACUUAGGGUCUUGACCUAUACACAAAAUGCUUCUGUAAAAUAAUGAAGAAGGUUUCAAAGAAAUUCCACCAGGGAACGAUAACCAUGAUGAUUUGUUACAUGAUUUGUGAAAAAAAAAGGGAAAACUAUUUUUGGAAUUCAAUUGAUACGCAGACACUUAAUAGGUUUUUAAAAAAUAGAAAAUAGCGUGACAUAACCCUUUGAAUACCUCUUGAAAAAAAUUUCAGGUGACCCUAUUAAAAGCGUGGGUUUGGAUGAUUGUGAAGUCUGUCAAACAAGGCCUUGCAAGAACGGCGGCACGUGCACAGAGGUCGCUGGAGACUGGGGAUUUAUUUGUACUUGCAGGCCUGGUUACUCGGGAAGGACCUGUGAUGACGCUGGUAACAAGUGUUCACCUGGCGUUUGCAAUGAGGGGCGUUGUGAAAAUAUCGGCAAUGAUGGUUUUAGAUGCAUCUGUCCUGCUGGUUACUCUGGGGAGAGGUGUGAGGAAGGUUUGUUGUUGACCAAAGGCCCCUGA